AUGACUAACUCCUGCUGCUCCUCUUGCUGCCAGCCCACCUGCUGCAGAACCACCUGCUGCAGGACCACCUGCUGCCGCCCCAGCUGUGGCUGCAGCCCUUGCUGUGUGUCCAGCUGCUGCCGCCCUUCCUGCGGUGGAUCUAGCUGCUGCCAGCCCAGCUGCUGUGGCUCCAGCUGCUGUGGCCAAAGCUGCGGUGGGUCCGGCUGCUGCCAGCCUUGCUGCCGCCCAACUUGCUGUCAAACCACCUGCUGCAGGACCACCUGCUGCCGCCCCAGCUGUGGCUGCAGCCCUUGCUGUGUGUCCAGCUGCUGCCGCCCUUCCUGCGGUGGAUCUAGCUGCUGCCAGCCCAGCUGCUGUGGCUCCAGCUGCUGUGGCCAAAGCUGCGGUGGGUCCGGCUGCUGCCAGCCUUGCUGCCGCCCAACUUGCUGUCAAACCACCUGCUGCAGGACCACCUUCUGCCGCCCCAGCUGUGGCUGCAGCCCUUGCUGUGUGUCCAGCUGCUGCCGCCCUUCCUGCGGUGGAUCUAGCUGCUGCCAGCCCAGCUGCUGUGGCUCCAGCUGCUGUGGCCAAAGCUGCGGUGGGUCCGGCUGCUGCCAGCCUUGCUGCCGCCCCAGCUGCUGUGGCUCACCCUGCUGCCAGCCAGUGUGCUGCACACCUGUGUACUGUACGAGAACCUGCUACCAACCCACAUGCUGCUGCCUGCCUGGCUGCCUAGCCCAGGGCUGUGGGUCCUGCUGUGGAUCCAGCUGCUGA